AUGUCGAUUGGUGAUAGGUAUUUGACAGUUUUGGGUAAUUGGACUUAUACCGAUUUACUUUCUGAGAUGCAGAAGUUGCAGUUAACUCUAGCAAUAAUAAAGCCUCAUGCCAUCAAAAAUCCUGUAGCACUUUCAUACAUCCGUCAGGUUAUAAAAAAUAAAUUCAUAGUGAUUAAAACAAAACGAACUUCGCUGGAUGUUGAGACUGCUGGUAAAUUUUAUAAAGAACAUGUGGGAAAGUUUUUUUACAACCGACUAGUUACUUUCAUGGCCAGCGGCUGUAUAGAUCUUCAUGUGAUGGGCCAUACAAAUGCUAUAGAGCUCUGGAGAGGUCUUUUGGGUCCAACAAGUGUCUACAAAGGCCAGUUUCAAGAACCUUAUUGUUUACGUGGCAUGUUUGGAAUUUCAGACACAAGAAAUGUUGCACAUGGUUCAGAUUCUUUGGCAUCUGCAGAGAGAGAAAUUAAAUUCUUCUUUCCAGAUUUUUCUUUUUAUGAAUGGCACAGUAAUGAUGAGGCAUUCUUUAGAAAAGGUCCUAUCAUAUUCAAUAACCAUAUAUUCCAACACGUGAGAAGACUUUAG